AUGCCGUUGAAAGCUAGAAUCGACGAAAAAGCUUUUCAAAAAGCAAUUCAAUCACUGUGUAUCGAUGAAAUUGCUUUAUUAGACUGUUCUAAAUCAACAGCUGAUAUAUGGGAUCAUCUGUGUACAUUGAUGGGUAAAGCAAAGAACGCUCAAAAUCGCCGAGCGUGUUAUGAUGCAUGGAAAAACAAGCGAUUUAAAUCGCAAGAUAUUAACAAUACUAUGUUGCAACUACAGGAAACACAACAAUGUACUAAUAACACUGCUAAUCGACAUGAUGUUCUUGAAAUAGAUGACACACAACGCUUUGACAUGAUUAUACCUUCUAAUGUUCCUCAACAAAUCUCAUCAGGUUCAACUAUUAAUGGUUUUACUGAAAAUAAUGACAAAAUAAAAAAAAUAUCUAUCGAUGUUCAACAAUCCAAUACUGAAGCAGCUGUAAGAAACAAUUUAAAUGAUGUCCAAUUAGAACCAAAUGAAGACGAUACAUCGUCAAAUAACAUUAAUAAUACAAGUGUGGCAGUGUCACCUACUUCUAGUCCUCUUCAUUUGUUUAUGUCACCAACAUCAUCAUCAUCGGUUAUAAAUUCACCAACAAGCAACGAUAUUGAUUCGACAGCUAAAAAUUCUAACAAUGUGAAUGUUGUAUCUCGUCUGUUUGCACUAGCCAAAAAUGCUCUAGGUCCUACAAAAACGACUGAUCAUACUGUCAUCACUGAUGAAUACAAAAAUGUACUUACAUUUUUACAACGUCAAAAUGGAGAUUCGUCAACUUUUGGUUGUGAUAUUGAUGAAAUUCAACAAAUUGAAAAAGCAAAAGCAAUUGUUAUUUCUCAAAAUGAUAUGGAUAAAUUUAAACAAUUUCGAGAAGACUAUUUACAGAAGAAGACUCAAAAGAACACAACAACAGAUACAUUCGAUGAUCUUAAUACACGAGACAAAAAAAGAAAUCUCGAAUGGACUAUUCUUUUAGAUCGUUACAUAAAGCAAUCUAAUGACUAUUGUGUAUUCGUUUAUGAACGUCACCAUUUUACUAAUCGAACAAACAUUGGUAAUACAGAUCGAUUCUUCAUGAGUGCCGAUGCUCAUUGCAAAUUUAACUUAUGUACAUGUGAAUUUCAUGCCAUUAUAAGUGAAAAUGGUCGACUAGAAGUUGAUUAUUCUGGCAAAAUUGUACACAAAAAAGGUGAAUGUCGUGCUCGACCAAUACGUGGCUCUCGUCGUGAAGAAUUACAGCAAUUUACUAUGCUUGGUGCUACACCAGGUGCACUUCAUCUGCAACAACUUAAAUCAAUGUCAACAGCUAAUAAAGAAGCAGGAAAUAGAAAUGUUGCCGGAUCUAGUCGUUCAGUAAUACGUAAAAUAUCAAGUGAAGCUAAUGUUAAAUUACGUCGAGACGAUGAUUUAGAUAAAAGUCUUCGUGAAUUAAAAGUUGAACAAGCAAAGAAAAUUUUUCCUGGUGAAGUUAUACCUGGAUAUUUACAAGAAAUAAGUAUUGAUCCAUUACGAUUAAUUUGUUUUACCGCUGGAGGUAUAGCUGCUUACCAUCACUUCGCUUCUAGUAUGCCAUUAUCAUGGGAUGCAACAGGCGGAAUCAUAAUUAAUUAUAGUAAACGGAUCUUUUAUUAUGAAUUAACGAUGUCCAGUCUUCAAAAAGGUGGUUCAUCAUUUCCGAUUACGGCAAUGGUUAGUGCAUCUCAUGGUACUAUGGAUAUUGUUCAUUGGAUGAAUUGUUUUAUUGAAAAAUAUAAACAAGUCUACGGUUUUUCCAAUCAAUUCCCGAAACCACCUAUUAUUCAUUGUGAUCGUGCAUUAGUUUUUCUUCUUGCUAGUAUUCAAGUCUUCAAUGGUGAUGAAACUAUGGAUCGUUAUAUUGAGCGAUGCUGGCGAAUUAUUCAACGAACAGCUACCAAACGUGACUUAGAAAUAACAGUUGUACAUGCAUGUCUUGGUCAUUUUAUGAAAAACGUCAAACGGAAUGCAUCAAAAGUCUUAGGCAAGAAGCAGGUCUCACUUGGUAUGUGGUUCAUGGCAUUACUUGUUAACAGUAAUACAUUGGAUGAAAUGGUAAUUGUUUGGCGAAACAUCUGCAUUGUUCUUCUAAGUACUAAUCAAAAUGAUCAAUUUAAAAUAUCAUUAUCAACACUAUCCAAAAUGGCUGACCAGAUGAAUGGUGAUCCAGAGAAGACAAAUUUUGUUCUUCAAGGUGUAUCAGUGACUACGAAGGGACAAAUUUCUAGUAAUAUGAAUGCAGAUAACAACGAUGAUACUACACAUGAUGUUGGAACUGACGAAGACGAUCCUCUCUAUAUAGAAUCAUCAUUCAAGACAUUAUUUAUCACAAUCUAUCAACAGUGUAAAGAUUUAUUAAAGAUUUAUGAUGCUUCAGAAUGGAAAGAUCUACCGGCUAAUCCAUUAUUUUCAGUAGCAUAUUUAUCUCGUAUUCUUAAAUUAUACAUGCCAACAGCACCUAUUUGGAGCAAUCUUCUUCUCCGUAAUUUUGCUCAACGUUAUGGAUAUUCUUUAGAAUCGGUGAUAUCACCAUGUUCAUGUCAUUUUGGUCGAACAACUGGCGUUUCUGAAUCACAAAUGCGAGUAUUAAAAGAAGCAAUACUUAGUAAAAAGAUUUAUACAAGAGUCGAUGAAGUUAUUAGCAAAUUAGGAGAAACAAUUGAAGCAGUGGAAAUUCAGUUUGCCGAUUUUAUAUUAAUAAAAAAAACAAAAAGUCGAUUAUUGCCUGCGAACAAACAGAAAAAAAUUGAAGAACCAUGGGACAAACGUAAGAAGACCGUAAAACCUGCUACAGGUGUAUAUACGUCCAUGAAGCCAUCGAUAAAUAUCAUGGCUAUGGUGAAUACACGUUUGUUGGGUCGAAAUGAUGAUGCUAAUUUAGACAUUGGACAACUUCCAUUAUUCAUACGAUUCGAAAAUGCUGGUAAUACUUGUUGGUUUAAUAGUAUAUUUCAAAUGUUAUUAGCAUCUGGUCAUAUUGUUGAAACAAUACGCAAAUUUCAUAUUAUUGAUGAUGAUUUAGUACCGUGUAAAGUUAUGAUUUUAAGCAGGAUAUUAAACGCAUUCAUAUCUAAAUCAAUCAAUUGUCAUGCGGAUGGAAGAAAGGCUAUUAUAAAUAAAAGUUUUAUUAAAGAUCAGUUUGGAUUUCUGCGUUGGGCUGGCUUUAAUGUUGAAACCUAUAAACAAUACUGUGUGUUUGAUUUCUUUCAAAUAGCAAUCGUACCGAUGCUUUCAUUCUAUGAUAUUGAUUUUCAAUAUGUAUUAGAUAAAUCUAUGCAAUGUUCUUCCUGUAAAGAAAUAAUUUCAGUUACUCGACAAACAUGGGAUUGUCUUCUCGUAAAUCAAUCAACAAAUGAAGAGACUAUUGAUAGUAUUAUGGCUAAUCUAUUUGGUCCAGUAUUGGAUAUGCAGUUAUGUCUUAAAUGUUUAAAAAAUGAUCUUCAUUCUACAUCAAUGUCAAUAUUAAAUUGUCCGAAACAUCUUUUUCUUCGAUUUGAUCCACUCGUGACCAAAAAUCGGAAACGACCUAAAUUAACAGCACAUGUAGAUUUUGCAAAAAUUUUAUCAAAUAAUGUUAUAUACACUCGUUCAUAUUCACGUUAUACAUUACAAUCAUUUAUUGUAUUCAAUGGUACAGAUAAUGCUGGACAUUAUAUGACAUAUGCUCGAUCCAAACAAGACUGGUAUCGUCUCAAUGAUACAAAUACUACAUUAGUGGAAUCGUCAAAUAUUUUUGAAGAUCAAGAUGAAAAUUACUCAGUUAUGAUGGCUCAUUUUACUCGACCAUCUGAACUCGAUGUAUUUUCAUCGGCAUUAUGGAAUGUUUUCACAAAUUUUUCACCAAUAAAUGUAUCAUUAACACCACAUUUAUCAUUGAACGAUGCUGCAAAUUAUUUUGCAAAACAUUAUCUCAUCGAAAAUAAUCCACUUAACUUAGUUGUUGUUAAAUUUUUCAAUUGUUCAAUUUGUAAAACAGAAACUUUUACUAUUGCUCGAAUGCAUGAAAUUUGGGAAAUGAAAAAAGAUGCAUUACAUGUUACUUAUAAAAUGAAUUCUUUUAUGUACGAAGAAAUCAAAUGUUCUUCUUGUAACACAUCAGGAUUGACUAAUUUUGUUUUAUAUCAUAUACCACGAUUUCUUCUAUUGAAAACUGAAAGUGUUGAUAGAGAUUGUAUCAAUUUAAUUGAUGAUAUAGAUCAAAUUCGUAUUCGACCAUCUGAUACACAUUUACCAUUCGACUAUCAUGCGCAGACAUUCUUACUUGUACUUGAAGAAGAUGAUGUAGUUUAUCUUAGAAAAACUACCAACGGCUAUUCAUCUUUGAAUAAAACUACCGGUCAGUUUGUAGAAUUGCGUGAUUUAUCAAUAUAUGAAACAGGUCUAGCAUCACGUUGGACAAUAUUCGUUUAUGAAACUGAUGAAGAUGUCUUCUAUCCAUCAUUAAUCGAUAAAAUAACUUUCGAUCAAAGUAGUUUAGCAGAAGGUAUGGAACCAGAUAUAUGGACUAUCGAUACUGUUCAAGAUCUUUUACCAACAUUUACUGAUAUUUUAAAAGUCGGCCCAAUACAAAUCAAAAAAGAUGAUAUUAAAGUAUUGCUGGAUAAUGAUGGUAAUAUUAACGAUUUGAUUAUAGAUGCUCAUUUAUUUAUUACUGCAACUAAAGCACCAUUUCACAAACGAGUUUUAGCUCUGGAAACUUAUACAAUAUCUGAAAUUAUUGAGAAGAAACUAAAACACAUUAAAAAAUCAUGGUUUGAUUAUGAUAUUAUUUUAUGUCCAAUCAAUCAGAAACGUCAUUGGUAUUUAGUAAUAAUUGAUCUAGAACAAAAUUUAAUAAUUCAAUAUGAUUCAUUGCCAACACAUGAUAUACCACGCCGACAAAACCUUCAACAUCUUAUACAUAUGAUAAAUAUUCAUCAUUUCUUGAAAACUGGAACUGAUAUAGAUUUUCAUGAUAGUUGGAAACUAAGUGAACCAAGUGAAGAUUUCGACUUAUAUCAAAACGAUCAACAUUCAUGUGGAGUCCAUCUUUUAACACAAGCUAAAGCAUAUAUUAAUCGUGAACAACAUAAACCUAUUCCACAAGAUGAACUCAACUUAUACAGACAUCAAAUAGCUGAAGACCUACUUCGAAAAGCAGAACCAAUUUCCGAUGAUAGUAUAUCAGAUGUGAGUAUAAGUCAUUUCCAUAUAUAA